CACGAAGGUGUUUCCGCUGGUGUGAUGUUGGAACUAGUCGUGGUUUGCUGCUGAUUUUUCCUGCAUUUUGGAAAAGUAACUAAAACUGUGUGUUUGAAAUCGACUUUAUCUCAACACACGAGUUAAUGGUCGGUGUUCGAUGUAACUCUGGCAGCCGUCGACCAUGAGCAACAGUCACCCUCUGAGACCACUAGCCUCCGUGUCGGAGAUCGACCACAUCCACCUGCUGUCGGAGCAGCUCGGAGCCCUGGUGCUCGGAGAGGAGUACAGCGAUGUCACCUUCAUCGUGGAGGAGAAGCGCUUCCCGGCGCACCGGGUCAUCCUGGCAGCUCGCUGUCACUACUUCAGGGCCCUGCUGUAUGGUGGGAUGAAAGAAUCCCAACCCCAGGCGGAGGUGUCUUUGGAGGAGACUCGGGCUGAAGCCUUCUCGAUGCUGCUAAACUACCUGUACACGGGCCGGGCCAGCCUCAGCUCUGCCCGGGAGGAGGUUCUACUGGACUUCCUGGGCCUGGCUCACCGCUAUGGCCUCCAGCCUCUGGAAGACUCCACCUCUGACUUCCUCUGCACCAUCCUGCACACCAACAAUGUCUGUCUGGUGUUUGAUGUGGCCAGUCUGUACUCUCUGAGCGCGCUCACCGCAGCCUGCUGUACCUACAUGGACAGACACGCACCUGAAGUGUUGAAUUCUGAUGGUUUCCUCGCGCUCUCCAAGAACGCUUUGCUGACCGUGGUCAGGAGGGACUCGUUUGCUGCCAGUGAGAAGGAGAUCUUCCAGGCUUUGUGCCGCUGGUGCCGGCAGCAGGAGAACGGCGAGCACACUCAGGAAGUCAUGUCCGCAGUGCGGCUGCCCCUCAUGACUCUGACGGAGAUGCUGAACGUGGUGCGCCCGUCUGGCCUCGUGAGCCCAGAUGACCUGCUGGACGCCAUUAAGACCCGCUCUGAGAGCCGCAAUAUGGACCUCAACUACCGGGGAAUGCUCAUCCCGGAGGAGAACAUUGCCACCAUGAAAUACGGCGCUCAGGUGGUGAAAGGGGAGCUGAAGUCGGCGCUGCUCGACGGAGACACCCAGAACUACGAUCUGGACCACGGCUUCUCCAGACACCCCAUCGAGGAGGACGGCCGAGCCGGGAUUCAGGUCAAACUGGGCCAACCGUCCAUCAUCAACCACAUCCGCCUGCUGCUGUGGGACAGAGACAGCCGGUCUUACUCCUACUACAUCGAGGUGUCGAUGGAUGAGCUGGACUGGGUGCGCGUUGUCGACCACUCCAAGUAUCUCUGCCGCUCGUGGCAGAACCUGUACUUCACACCGCGGGUUUGCAGGUACGUUCGUAUUGUAGGAACACACAACACAGUCAACAAGGUCUUCCACCUCGUGGCUUUUGAAUGCAUGUUCACCAAUCGCUCGUUCACCCUGGAGAACGGACUUGUGGUGCCCGGUGAGAAUGUGGCGACGAUAGCCGCCUGUGCCAGCGUCAUCGAGGGCGUGAGUCGUAGCAGAAACGCUUUGCUCAAUGGCGACACGCGCAACUACGACUGGGACUCUGGAUACACUUGCCACCAGCUGGGCUCCGGAGCCAUCGUCAUCCAGCUAGCUCAGCCUUACUCUGUUGGAUCGCUGAGGCUGCUGCUGUGGGACUGUGACGAGCGCUCCUACAGUUACUACAUUGAGGUCUCCACCAACCAGCAGCAGUGGACAAAGGUGGUUGACCGCACCAGGGUAGCAUGUCGAUCAUGGCAGACACUGAAGUUUGAUAAGCAGGCUGCGUCCUUCAUCCGUAUUGUUGGGACUCACAACACUGCUAAUGAGGUGUUCCACUGUGUGCACUUUGAAUGUCCGGCCCAGCUGGACACUGAGGUCAGUGAAGGCAUCCCGGGUUUGGAUUCUUCUGAUUCUGGAGCUGCUAUCCAGCAGCAGCGACCUCAACGACCUUCACGCACACACAGCCUGCUGCCCACCCAGCACUCUUCCUCCUCCUCAUCUUCCUCACAGUCCCAUCAUUAAGAGCAUCCCCUUAUUGGAAGGUGGUGGGGGGGGACCUCAGAACGCUAUUUUGCACAGCCUUCAUCGUCCAGACUGCACUGCUCCAACAACGCUGCUAAAGGCGAUCGUCUUUGUCAGAAUCCAUCGUCCGUCUGUCACAUGUGCAACAUCAGAGACUGGUGUUUCUGUAGCAACAGCAUUCAUGGCUCCAGUCUUCCCAGUUUUGAAGCUCAAAUUUAGGUAUCACAUCUACUGGCUCCUACAUUUAUAUGAAGGUACUUUUUAGCUACUAAGACUCAAGUUUUAGUCUUUAAAAAAUCAUGAAGGUGGAAUCUUUCUCCAAAGGGGAGGCGCACACUGAAACAUGUUUAUACUGUGUUAUCAAAGGGCAGCGAGUCCACGGGGGGCGGUAUUUGAAUUUUAUGCGUUAAUAAUAAGAUUAAUAAUGAAAGUAUUGUUGUUAAGCUAUUUUUUUAAGGAACUGUCUUAAACUGACUCUACUGACUUUUCUUACCAUCGAGCUAACAGAGUAGAAGUAUUUUUCGAACUUUAAAUUCUUCGAAAGUCUGCCAAAGCUGUCGAGCUAACGCAUCAAGUGGCAUUUUUUUAAAUGCAAAUAGCACAUAAUCCAAUUAUGCAUUUGCAUAUUAAGUAAUAGCUGUGGAGUAUUUGAUAGCAGGCUUUCACACCCAAACCUGAAAUCUGCAGAGCAACUUUUUUGCUAGUUAAAAUUCUUACCUCAAGGAUGACCUCACUGAAACGAACCGAGAUUUAACCGAGUGUCUUAAUGUCAUAUUUUAAGCACUUGAAUAGGUGAGCACGCACACGAUUAGGGAACUCAAUUAGCUUGGGGGGGGGGAAUUGGGGCUGAGAGGACCAAAUUAUUUCUGCACUUGGGCUGCUGAAGUUUACGUCUAUAUACUGUAGAAACACGAGCAGCUUCCAUCUGCACUUUAUUGUACUCGAGUAUACAGAAAUAAGGGUUGUAGCUUGGGUCGGGCUGAAGUAGAGUACUGGAGCGCUGGAUUUGGUAUCUUGCUGUUUGUUAUGUUGAAUUAAUUUAAAAUCUUGGUUGUUUUAGGUUUCAGUUUUGUGCGUGUGGUCUUUUUUCUUUUUUUUAUGAAGUUGUCAGUGAUGUGUUUUCUUUGUGUUCCUGAUGGUUCACUUUUGUGUUAUUUAAAAAAGAAAAAAAAAAAAAUCCUGUGUUGGAAACCCUUCGUUUGCUGUUACAUGAUCUGAAAUACCUGAAAACUACCUGAGGCGACUCACUGAUGUUUCUGUAAGCUUUCUUUAGGCGUCCCAGUACGUUUAAGAGGACUACCCAUUAGUUUAAGUCUUCCUGAAUAACUAGAGAACAGAAAUAGGGCUUUGUUCAGUUUGUAAUAUUGACAACAUACUCCCCAUACCUUAUCUGACUUUAUGUACUUUUACUUAUUUUCACCAUCAGUAUGUGACUGCAUCUCACUGCCUCUUGUUCAAUGCCUGUCAAAAAUGUGAUUCUGAAAGAAAAGAAAAAAAAAAAAAGCUGAUGUUUGUUGAGUUUCUGUACGCGGUGACGCCGCCUGCUCGCUACAAUGGCUGCUGUUACACACAGUGGAGCUCUUUGAUACAAGCAAUACAAUGAAGUCCGCCUUUGGCUUUAAGUGUUGAGAGCUUAACGGUGCUGAUUGAUAAUCGUGUAUCACUGACGCUCCGGGCACUGAUGCCCUGCCUGCUUUUUGGGCAGUGUUAAUGUGAGGCUGCCUAAGGACAUGUUAUUGUAAUGAAACUUUUAAAAAUGUCAAAUUUUGAAAGUCAAA